GCGGAGGUGAGCGGAGGUGAGCGGAGGUGAGCGGAGGUAAGAGGAGGUGGGCGGAGGUGGGAGAAGGUGGGCGGAGGUGGGCGGAGGUGGGCGGAGGGCAAUCGGAGAUGGGCGGAGGGCAUUCGGAGAUGGGCGGAGGAGGUGAGCGGAGGUGGGUGGGAAACAAAGCGGAGUCGGCGGGAGGAGACGACGUGUGGAGGUGGGCGGAGGUGGGAGGAGGUGGGCGGAGGUGGUCGGAGGCUGCGAAGUUGGACAGCCACUGGCUGUUCGACGCGAACAGGGCCAUGGCGCCGCCCCGUGACGGCCCUCUUCUCAACGGGCGUGCCGAUCUGGGCCGACGGGCCGGAUUUCCACGCGAUCUUAAGACUUUAAGAUCGCGCAUCGAUCCAGGCCGUCCGACCAAGCGGACGGUCUGGAUCGCCGCGCGAUCUUAUGUAUGCUACCUUUGGGAAUCGAGGACAGGAUGGAAGCUACGUCACAAGUAUACAGGCCAUAGCAACUGGAUAAGGGCAUUGAGGAUGACAAAGGAUUCGGUCAUAACUGGCAGUGACGAUUGGACUGCACGAGUUUGGGCUGUUUCGAAUGGCGAAUGUGAGGCUGUCCUGGCCUGUCAUAGUGGUGCUGUCACUUGUGUAGAACAAUGUCCUCUUAGUGGGGGCGUCAUUACAGAGAUCGAUGAGCUCACAGACCUGUUGGACGCUUCAGAGUACGACGGCGAGGAGAUUGCUGAGGGUAGCACCCUCGCCGCAGUAGUCAAGGCUAAGGCUGGUGGCCGAGUGAAGGGCCAUCCAAAGAGUCAAGGGAAGGCCGCCUCCAAUCAGACCAAAGUGGCUGAUUGGGUCAAGGCAGGUCCUGAUCAGGAAGUGUGGCGGGACCGCCGAGUGCGUGGUGAUUGUAUUAACUGUGGAGUUGUAGAAAGGGAGGUUGUCCACGCCAUAGAAAUCAUUCCAGGGAGUAAAACCCCAAAGGGAAGGAUCUAUAGGAUGCUUCUGGCCGAGUUGGAUGAACUUCGGCGACAACUCAAAGAGCUGACAGAGAAGGGAUGGAUCCGGCCUAGUACUUCCCCUUACGGAUCUCCAGAACUAUUUGUACCAAAGAAGGGGGGUACAUUGAGGAUGUGCAUUGACUAUAGAGGCCUCAAUGCCAUCACAGUGAAGAACGCAGUGCCUCUACCUCGCAUAGACGACCUACUGGAUAGGGUGCAGGGAUGCAAGUACUAUAGCAAGAUAGACUUGAAAUCCGGCUAUCAUCAGAUCGCUAUAAGACCUGAGGACCAACACAAGACAGCUUUUCAGACUCGAUAUGGUCUGUAUGAGUUUGUAGUGAUGCCCUUUGGUCUUUGCAAUGCGCCGGGAACAUUCCAGCACGCCAUGAAUCGGGUCUUCCAUGACCAUUUAGAUAAGUUUGUCGUGGUUUACCUUGACGACAUUCUGAUCUUUAGUAAGUCUGUCGAGGAGCAUGCACAACACGUUGAGACUAUAUUUUCACUCCUGCGACAGCACAAGUAUAAGGUCAACCUAGAGAAGUGUGAGUUUGGUCGCUCUAAGAUAUUAUACCUGGGUCAUGAAGUAUCCGCGGAAGGGAUUAGGCCGGAAGAUGCGAAGGUGGCUAGUAUUCGAGACUGGCCACGACCUCAGACUGUCACUGAGGUCAGAUCUUUCUUAGGAAUGUGUGGCUACUAUAGGAACUUUGUAAAGAACUAUUCUACAGUCGCCUCUCCUUUGAUGGAUCUAACUCGACUUGACACGCUGUGGGACUGGAGUGAUGAGUGCGAGGGUGCUUUCAAGCGAUCGAAGCAUGCACUUAUGAAUCAUCAAGUUCUCAUGGUUCCCGAUCCUCGGAAACCAUUUAUAACGCUCAAAUGGAUCGAGACUCAACCGACUCUUUCUGAUGCACUCAAGCGUUGGAUUGAGGUCAUAGAUCAGUAUGACUUCAAGCUUGAGUAUCUGAAGGGAGAGUACAACAAGGUUGCAGAUGCGCUAUCUCGUAGAGCAGACUACCUAGGGGUGCUAGUUUCCGAGUUCGGUGUAUCUCAGGAAGUGACUCAAUCGUUGGUGGGAGCCUAUCAGGAAGACCCUGUCAUGAUGGACAUCAUGCGCAAACUUCAAGCAAAAGACAAGGCCACAAAAAGUGAGUUUGUGAUGGUGGAUGGGUUACUCUUUCUUGAUAAGGCCGGGUGUAAAAGGUUAGUAGUUCCAUCAAGUGAGAGUUUGCGUAGUUUAUUUCUAGGAGAAUGUCAUGACGCAACCAGACACUUUGGCUACAAAAAGACGAGUGUCAAUCUAGUACAACGAUUUUGGUGGCCUGGAAUGCUAGAUGACGCAAAGAAGUAUGUAGAGACGUGUCAGGUCUGUCAGCAGGACAAGCCGCAAACUCAAGUACCGCUUGGGUUGCUGAAGCCCUUACCCAUCCCCGCUGGUCCAGGACAGAGUGUUUCCAUGGAUUUCAUGGACACCCUGGUGACCAGUAAGAGUGGCAAGAGGCACAUUUUCGUCAUGAUCGAUCGAUUCACCAAGUAUGCUAGACUAGUUGCCAUGCCAGAGCCCGCCAGGACGGACCACGUCAUCAAGUUGUUUAUGGACAACUGGGUGCGUGAUUUUGGACUUCCAAAGUCAAUCGUUAGUGACAGAGAUGUCCGAUUCACAAGUCCAGGAGACGAGAGGAGACUGCGGAGAGAGGCUAGAGAGAGAGCAGCGGCAAGAAGAGUGAGGGUGGUUGAGGACAGCGCCAGGUCUAGAACUACAGCUAGUUCCGGUACGACCAUGGCUACUUCCUCUACCAUGUCGCAGGCCUCUUCACAGGCCACUUCGUCAGGAGUCAAUCAGAGUGGUUCUCAGACUUCCAUUAGCCAGAGUGUUGGCUUGCAAGUCAGCCAACAGGCUCAACUCAUGCUGGAGGAUUAUGAAAUCCUCCAAGCAGAAGAACUUCAGGAUGAGCUACAUCGGCAAUUGGAUGAGGCAGCAGAGAGAAGAAGAAGAGCAAUCAUGAGAAAAGUUAGACUAGGUAGUAGAUUGCAGGAGCUAAGCAGAUUAGAAGCAUUAGAUGAGUCAACACUUGACCCUGCGAUGCGAGCGCUGCGUAACUCGCUCCUGUGUGUGGCGGAGAUGCAGGUUUUUCAGCAGGAGGUGUUGGCUGAACUAGUGGCAGGCCAGAAACGAAUUAUGGCUGCACUACAGGCUCCUCGUCCGGUGAUGAGGCAGCCUCAGUUUGUUGUAGCUCCCCCAUCGGUUGCGGGUCCAUCGAUGACGCCGUCGCCGGUUGGGCCCUCAUUCUCACCUAUGUUUGGCAUGUCCCCUCCAGGUGGUUAUGUAGCGACUAGUGGUCCGGUUCUUAGAACUUGUGCCGUACCAUCCACGACAGUGGUUACUACAGUCCCACUGUCAAGUCAGGCUCAUGUUAGUGUGCAGCAAGCUGUUUCGGUGCCUAUGCAGCCACUGCAGCAAUCUCCUGGGCCAAUGCAGCCUAUGCAGUGGAUGCCCAAAAUACCCUUGCUGAGUCCUAAGCCCUUCUCUGGCGACAGGAAGAAGGAUGAGGACUUGGAUACCUGGGUAAGGACGGUGCCUACCUAUGUGAGGCACAAGCUUACCAGGCCGGAGCAAGAAGUUGUAGUGGCUGCCUCCUUUUUAGAAGGGUCAGCAGCCCGCUGGUUGAAUGGCCUAGUGCAGCAACAGGGCUACGGUCAUAACUUCGAUGCCUGGGCCCAGACCCAGACAUUGGAAGAAUUCGCACGGUCCGUGUAUAACAGGUGGCAUGACCCUCAAUGGGCUCAAAAGGCCACAGACGCAAUCAACAGUCUUUGUGCCAGAAGGCUCAAGAAUGUUCGAGAGCUCACAAAUAUUGUAGAACGUCUGCUCGUGGUACCUGGUGUGCGCUAUGACCAGCAGGUUCUCCUCGCGGAUUACCUAAGAUGUCUGCCUUCAGAGGUUAGGACAAAGUUGGUGGAUGAGGCCUAUGUCGAGCAGCACAACUUCGCCUCCUUCAGCAAAAAGGCCUUAGAUAUAGAGGCAAAAUUGGGGUCCGUACAUCAGAGUCAAGGAGAUGGUAGGAAGAAGAGACUACCCCAGGACUGGAAGAAGAAAGGGCAACUAAUGUUCGUCGGCCACGAUGGUCAGACGACAAAAAUUGACAACUUCCCAGACCUUGGGAGGAGACAGAGCACGAUGGGGCCAGCGAGACUUCGGGGGGGAGUCGUGGCGCCCAUCAAAGAAAGGGCUAGGGAGACCGGGAAAAAAAAGGUAGUACGGUCCAUUGGUCAGGGCGACCAAGGUACACCCGCCUGGGUGAAACUUGGUUUAGAGUAUGAGGUGUGGAGGGACCGAGCUGCUAGGGGUACGUGCAUGAACUUUGGCAACUAUGGCCACACGUCGAGAACGUGCCGAGGCGUGGUAGAACGGGAGGUGGUCCAUGCAAUAGAGGUUGUCCUACGUAGCAAGGUGCCUAGAGGACGAAUCUAUAGGAUGUCUCCUGCGGAGUUGGAUGAGCUUCGCCACCAGUUCAAGGAGCUUAGAGAAAAGGGAUGGAUUCGGCCUAGUACCUCCCCUUACGGCCGUGCUCAGGCGCCACCAUCACCAGUCGGGCCUGGUGCCUGGCCUGUGCCAUAUCCUCCCUUCUCUGUCCCACCGGUGACUGGGGUAUCCCCAUAUGUAGCCCCAUCAACGGUUGCUAUCGUUUCCCUGGGCAUGCCGCUGUCAGGAGGGGUAACAACAAGGAGUAGUUUACAGGUUCCUGUACAGACAGUGUUCACUCAAAGUCCGUUGCAGGUUGCAGUCACCACGCAGCCUGCUGUCUCGCAGCCUGUGCAGCCUCAGGGCACGCAGCCCCGGCAGUUAGCACAACAACCUGUGUCACCGGGUCCACAGCCCGGAGUGAUGCAAGGACCGGGACAAACUCAGUGGGUUCCGAAGACGGCCAUCGCCGCUCUCAAACCUUUUACAGGGGAUAAGAGGGGCGAAGACCUCGACACAUGGUUGAGGGCAGUGCCGGUCUACGUCAGGUGCAAACUCACUUUGCCGCACGAAGAAGUGCUUGUGGCUGCCUCCUACCUCGAGGGUAGUGCAGCGAGAUGGUUGAGCGGUCUAGUGCAACUUCAGGGAUAUGGUCAUGACUUCCGCGCUUGGGCGGCCUCCCAAAAAUUGGAGGACUUCCUGAAGAUGGUGGAAGAGAGGUGGCAUGAUCCUCAGGAGACCCAAAGGGCCACUGACGCGAUCCAGACACUGCACACGCGGCAGUGUAAGUCAGUAAGGGAAGCCACCGACGCUGUUGAGCGUCUGAUCUGUGUCCCUGGGGUGCGCUAUGAUCCCCAGGUCCUGUUGACUUCGUACCUAAGAUGCUUUUCUCAGCCUUUCAGGAACCAGUUGGCAAAAGAGGCCAACAUCAAUAUGCACAACUUCCCUUCGUUUAGCAAGGUGGCCCUAGACCUGGAAGCAAAGAUAGGGCAUGGAMAGGCACCCACUAGGGAUGGGAGAAAGAAGACACUGCCUCCCAACUGGAAGGCGAAGGGUCGCCUAAUGUUUGUCGACAACGAUGGUUCAACCAUCGAGUUGGACGGCAACCUCCAGGAGGGAGUAGGUUCAGAGGCAGGCAACUUAGAUGCUUCAGAGGGUGGAGUGGUCGUUGUCGUAGCACAAAAUGGUAAGGCGACCGGUAGACGUCGCGGAGGCUCCCGGUCUAGGAGUCAAGUUGACCACAACGCUCCUCCUUGGGAGAAAGCGGGUCUCACGGAGGACGUGUGGAGAGACCGUUACUCUCGGCAGGCCAGUAUUCGUUGUGGUCAAUAUGGCCACAGCCAAUUCAAGUGCCGCAACAAGAAGCAAGCUAUGAAUCGGAUAUUCCAUGACUACUUGGAUAAGUUUGUCAUCGUGUACCUCGAUGAUAUACUUAUUUUCAGUAAAACUGUCGAGGAACAUGUUGCACAUCUGGACAAAGUUCUCGGUCUCCUGCGACAGCACAAGUUCAAGAUCAACGGUGAGAAGUGCGAGUUUGGCCGCACCCGUGUCUUGACUGAUCUGACCCGCCUUGACACCCCAUGGGAGUGGACAGAUAAGUGCGAGGCUGCUUUCAGACAUCUGAAGCAUGCGUUGACGCACUACGAAGUCUUGAAACUUCCUGAUCCUGACAAGCCGUUCAUAGUCACCACGGAUGCCAUCCAAUAUGGCAUUGGCGCCGUGCUCGCGCAGCAGGAGGGGCAAAAGUUGAGGCUAGUAGAGUACAUGUCCAAGAAAAUGCCGUCUCAGAAGUUGGCUAAGUCCACUUAUGAGAAGGAACUCUAUGCGGUGUACAAGGCUCUCACCCAUUGGAGACACUAUCUCCUUGGGAGGUUCUUCAUCCUCAGGACUGAUCAUCAGCCCCUGAGAUGGAUGAGAACUCAACCGGUACUCUCUGACGCUCUCAAGCGUUGGAUCGAAGUUAUUGAGCAAUAUGACUUUGACCCUCAGUAUCUCAAAGGGGAGUACAACAAGGUUGCUGAUGCCUUGUCGCGCAGACCGGACUUCUCAGGUGCGCUGAUUACUGAGUUUGAUCUGAGGGACAAUGUUACUCGGUCUUUGGUGGAAGCCUAUCGCGAGGACCAGUUUAUGUCUGAGAUCAUACGCAGACUUGAGGCAAAGGAUAAGAAGACUUCCGCCGAGUUUGAGUUGGUCAAUGGCUUGCUGUUCCUAGAGAAGGCAGGGAAUAAACGCUCUGUGGACUGCACGGCCCGUCUUUGGGAGGCUGAACAAGGUGCCCUUGACAGCAUUAUCAUCAAGGCAUUGGUGAAUAUGGCUUUUGUCAUUGUCAUCAUCAUCAUCAUCAUCAUCAUCAUCAUCAUUGUUGUUGUUGUCAAUGGGAUGGUCUUCUUUCCUGUCGGCCGUAUGCUUGCGGUUGCUUUAUUGGUGAUGGUUUCUUUUGCUACUGCUGUCUUUGUGGUGGUGGUGUUGGUGCUGCUGCUGCUGCUGCUGGUGGUUCGCUGUGUCGCUUGUGAUGUUGAGAGUGGGAGGAUUAUGAGUGGGGGCAGAAAUGGUGUUCUGCGUUUAUGGGAGCCGCCGUCAUUAGCAUCUUCACAAGCCUAGUUCAUUCACUCACGGGCACUGUAAUUGCUUACGAUGACAAGGGUGCUGGCUCAGGAUGCUAGUCCUUUCUCCAGGCCAAUACGGAGAGCAGCAGAAGUGCCGCGCUAUGCUAUGAAGAUGACGCUCUCUCUGCUGAUCAGCCACAGAGCAGGGCGGUGUAGGGCAUCUGGCAACUCUUCAAAGUUAGAAGAGGUUUGUAUUGAAUGAUUGGCUUGCAGGUAUUCUCAGAGCAGGAGAUCUUGGUCCGAUGCAGGACCAGCCGAGAAGCCAUAUUGCGGAUCUUUUUGCCUCCAGCAGGUCUGAAGAGGUACACUCCCUGAUCUCUUCUUAACUCACACAUUCGUGAUUGUCGCUGUUUUUCCUCGUCGCUAGAGAUCGGGUCAGUCAGCACUCCUAGAACGCAUAUUGUGCUUAUGUUUGCCAAGAGCUCCAGAUGGGUGUGAUUCUCGAGUUUAUAAAUUCUGAGGGUUUGAACCCAGGCCUGCUGGGUGAAAGAAGUGACGGUAACCGAUCGGGCUGGGCACACACUUGGGUGUGAUUCGGCAAAGAGCUUAGGAGCUAAUUCUCCCAUCCUAUCAUCCACAGUCCCACCCCUUCGAAUGGUUGCUUCCAUCUCUGGAAGGCGUGGCAAAGAGUUUGCUUGGAAUGUGAAUUUCAGGAGAGGGGAAGGAAGUCUGCUUUCUGCAUGAUGGUUGACAAGGUAGGAGCUGAAUAACGCAGUUCUAUCGAAUAGCAAUCGGCAGAUCGAAGUGUACAUGUGAUAUGGCAGAUUUCUCAGGGGCAAUGCUGUUUGCGUUUCAAAGGGAGGGGAAGAAAAAGAGGCAACAUAGAAGAAGCCCACAAGGGAGGAAGAAAAAGAGCAAUCUAGGAAGGAAAUGUGCAUCAGUACCAACUAGGACGUCGUGAAACCAGUAUAUGUGAGAAAUCCAGAAGAUACCCGAGAAGGCUGUGCAUGUAUGUGUUUGCGAAUGUCAGUUGGACGAGACAGGAAGGACUUCUGCUUUGUCCAUCAUGAUUGACAAGGUAGGAGUUGAAUAUCUCACUUCGAUUGUACGUACGACGAUCUGCUGGCCAUCGUGUACAAACGAUAUGACAGAUUUCCUGGGAGCAAUUCUGUAUGCAUUCAAAUGAGGAAACAAGGAAGUAAAACAGGCGAAGGGGGAGGAAGAAUUGAGCACUCUAGGAAGAGGGGAAAUCUGUGACUCCAAGCGAGUACAUUGCGAAGGUAAUCUGUGUGAGAAGUUCAAAGGACACCCCAGACAGCUGUGGAUCUGUGCGUCUGUCAGUGUGCAGGCACGCACGCGACCGGACUCGAACAUUUACGUCUGUGGGACUGUGUAUGUCCCUGUUAGUGUGUGCGUUCACUUGUUGUGUUGAUGUGUGUGUGUGGUAGUGUAUGUUUUUGUGUCUGUGUGGGCGCCUAUAGGGGUGUGCGAGUGUGUUAUGUGUGUGUGGAAGUGUGUCUGUGCUAAUGUGUGUGUGUGUGUGCAUAUGUGUGCGUGUGGUGCAUGUGUGUGUGUGUGUGUGUGUGCAUGUGUGUGGGUCUGUGUGGGUGUGGGUGUGGGUGGGUGAACAUAUUCCAUUUUUCGUUCUUUUGAAGCUUUUGCUUACCUGAGGCUUUCUGAUCAAAAGUCAUCGAGUUUGUUGUUAUGGGUACACCCUUUGCACGUGGAUUUUUUGUUUGACAAAACAAAGCACUGGAAGAAGUUGGGGUGGUAUGAAACGUGGAGAAUUUGAUGCAGCAUGGGAUGAUUGAAAAAGUAAAAUCAUUUUGGAACA